GCCGCACACACUGCUACUGCACACCACCAUGCUGCUGCACACCACCCUGCUGCUGCACACCGCGCUCAUCGCGUUGGGCUCUCGGUGCGUCAGCAGCAGGAAGUCCGAACCCGUCCUCGACGAGGCCGCCGCGGGACUCUUCAGAGGAGCCGACAAAUACGACUUUGCCGUGGAGGUCCCGGCUGCGGGGGCCGAGUGUUUCUGGCACUUCGCCCACCAGAGUGGAAACUUCUACUUGACGUACCUGGUGCAGUGGGUGACGAUGAUGGCCAAUGACCACCGGCUGUUUGUGACGGUGAACUCACCGCAGGGCGUUCUCGUGGCUUCAGAGAACCAGGCGGUCGGUCAGAUGGAGUUCCAGACUCAGGUGACAGGUUUUUACCGGAUCUGUCUCGGGAACCACAACAACCAGUUCGGAGGCAUCAGGGUGUUUGUGAACUUCGGCGUCAUCUACGAAGGCUCCGAGGAGUCAAAGAGAGAGGCGGAGGAAGGAGAGAAGGUCCUCAACAGCACUUUGGCCGGCAUUGAGGAGAGCGUGCAGAAGCUCCAGAACCAGAUCUUCCACAUGUGGCGUCAUUACAACUUCGCCCGCAUGAGGAAAGGGAAGGACCACUACGUCCUGCUGGCCAACGCCAACUACGUCACCUGGUGGUCGGCCGCCCAAAGCCUGGGCAUCCUCCUCUCCGGGUACCUGCAGCUCCUCGUCCUCAAGAGACUCUUCCGCACCGACUCCAGCCGGCCGCGAUGCUGAAGGGAAGAACGUCCGCGCGUCCUCCGGCGCCGCCCGGACGGGAUUUCGUCUUUUUCACAUGUUAAGUUUAAAAAAAAGAUCUGCCAGGUCCGAGUGCUGGAACGUGUUCCGGAUUCAUAAAGUUAUAAUAUAAGGUAUUUAAUAAAAGAAUAAGGAUCACAAAGCAUAUCUACCUGUCCCAGCCGGGUCCACAGGCCGAAGAGACGCUGCAUUCAGUUGACUGUCUAUCGCACAGGUGUCAAACAUGAGGCCCGCGGGCCGAAUUUUGGCCCGCCACAUAAUUAUAUGGAGCCCCUGACGGCUUAAAAGACAUAUGAUCACCUUUUAUUUCAAAAGAAAAAUGUCAUGUGCUUUUAUUUUGAAGGUUUCAAAUUUAAUGGAUUUGUGUUAUAAUAUUAGAGAAAUGUUCUUGUGUACAAUAUUUCUAUACCCAAAUAAACAAUAAUCAAAUGCUAAGAGUUAUUUAACAAUAUGUUGAAGUAGUUUAUACAGUGUUUCAGUUACAACCGGCCCUUUAAGAGGGCGGCCAUGAUGCGGAUGUGGCCCACGGUGGCCCCUGGUCUAUCGUAUUCACGCAAGAGGACAUGUGACGUGCCUCAUAACUCCUACGUUAGUGAAGGCAUCUUUUCACUGGGCUGAGAGCCAAUCAGUGGUCAGUAUGUUGGUCACAUGCACAGACCCUUACAUUUCACAGCAUGCUAUUGGCUAACCCCUACAGGAGACGGGCUAAUCUUAUCUACUACAACAUACUUCAUAUACAGUCCUUCACAAUAAGAGAUUUCAAAAUAAAAUGUCUGCUUCCGGCUGAAACAGCCGUUAUGAUGAUCUCUAUUAUUAUUUUCUGCAAUAAUUCAAAAUCCAAUGUAAAAACUUUGCUUAUUAAUUAUUUCUUCAGGCAGUCGGCAUCACUCUGGUUCCCUCGUCUUGGAGCCAAUGAGAUUUCUUCCGUUGUAAUUUGGAUUGUUGUAUUUUGGAUCCUGUGGGAGGUCGUCACAGGUUCCAGAAUAUCCUGGUUAUGGUCGAGUUAAACUUGAGCUUGUUUCGCCCUUUCCUAAUAUUAAUACAUUCGAGUGAGCUCAUGAAAUGCAAUAAAAUGCUGGAGAUUAAA